UUCAAAUUUAUUUCCGAAUGUGAACUUUAUGGUUUUGUGAAUAUAAAACCAAUCAUAAUAUAAUAUAAUCUACCUAUAUUAUAAAGUAAAAAUUAAAAAACAUUUGUUUAUUCAAUUUUAAUAAAAACUAUGGUUGAUGUCAAUGAAGGGACACUUUUUGUGGUGGACGAAGUGAGUGACAUUAUUAAGGACUCAAUUGAACAUUCAAUUGGCAGUCAAUUAUACCAACAAAAUAUGGUAAAUAAAUGGACAGAUUCUGUGGUUGAAAACUGUCUUACAAAACUUUCUAAAUUGGCCAAACCUUUUAAAUAUAUAGUAACAUGUGCUAUCAUGCAAAAAAUUGGAGCUGGUCUUCAUUCAGCAAGUUCGUGUUUUUGGGAUAAUUCAACAGAUGGUAGUUGUACAGUUAGAUGGGAAAACAAAACUAUAUAUGUUAUUGUAACUGUUUUUGGCCUAGCUAUAUAAAUAGUAAAAUAAAAUUUUGUACAAGUCUAGUAUUAGAAGUAUUAGUAUUAGUAAUAUUAAGUAUUAGAAUAUCUUUUUUUUAAUGCAUUAAACAUGAAACAAGAAAAUAUUUUUCAUAUUUUUGGUUUUGCUAUUACCAAAAGAUAACAGUAGAAUUAUUUUUGAUUUUUUGCAAUUCAUAUUUAGUUACUUAAAUAACAAUGCAUCAAUAAAAAUUGUAAUUUAUAACAUUUAAAUAUUUUGUACUUUAAUUUUAAAAUGU